AUGAAACAUCAAGUAGAUUUUUCAAUUCCAAAGAUUGGCCAGCAGAAAAUAGACAAGUCCAAUGAGUUGCAGAAGUGGAGUUCUCAUUCACAGCCUCAAAUUCUCUGUCAAUACAAAUUUUAUCCAACCUAUUUGACAGCUGAGGUGAUCCAGAUGAAGGUAGAAGAUGUGAAAUGCAAUGAAGUUGUUUCAAGAUUCAUAAUAGAAAAAACAAAAGAGUUGCAACAGAGAAGCUUGGUUGGGUAA